CUGAACUCCCUUAAAUCUGGGAGACACGCUAUAUUUUUGAACUACCUUAAGUCAUCAAGUCUUCAACUAAAGCUCACACCUGUUUCAAAUUCUACCACUUUCUAGUUAUCGAGAUGUCGAAUGCUAGCAUAAAGUGCAACCACCGGAUAUGCCCACACAGGGGAGACAACUUAACGAAGGCAGCAGAACGAGGCAGAUUUGAUCGGUUCAAUGAACAUUUAGAUCAUCUCGAUUCCAUUGUGGCACCAAAUGGAAAAACAAUACUACAUAUUCAUCUUUCCCGUCAAAGGGAAAUAUCUACUGACUUUAUUGAGCAAGUAGUUCUCAAAUGCCCGAGGUUGUUGUUAUCGCAGGAAAAUUGUGACGGUAAUACUCCGUUGCACAUUGCAGCUAUUCAUGGGUAUACUGAUGUUGCGGAAAAACUAAUCUGGUUAGCAGAGGUCUCAUAUGAUGCAUUAGAAACACAGAGCGGAGAAGUGGCAACAGAGACCUUACAUGAUGCAGUAGAUACACAGCAUAGUGAACUGGCAACGGAGAUGUUACAUGAUGCAGUAGAGACACACAGCGUAGAAGUGGCAACAGUGACCUUACAUGAUGUAGAUACGCAGAGCGGAGAAGUGGCAAUAGAGAUCUUAAAUAAUGAAGCAGAUAUACAGAGCGGAGAAGUGGCAACAGAGACCUUACAUGAUGCAUUGGAUACACAGAUUGGAGAAAUGGCAACCGAGACGUUACAUGAUGCAGUAGAUACACCGAGCGAAGAAGUGGCAACAGAUGGGAGAAUGCAAGCAGUGAGGGAGAUGUUAAGGAAGGUAAAUGAAAAGAGAGAAACGGCCUUGCAUGUGGCAACACGAAAUGGAAGAAGUCUGGGUGUCGUGAAAGCAAUAUUGAGCAAGGAAGAUCCUCAGUUCAAAUAUCCUGUUAAUAAUCUUGAGGAAACUCCUCUUUACUUGGCUGUUGAUAACACAUGCACAAAAAUAGUGGAUGAACUGUUAAAUAAUCCCAAUUCACAAUCUCUGGAUUAUGAUCGCCGUUAUGGCGAUUAUGGUGAAACUGUGUUGCAUACAGCAGUAAGACGAUGGGAUACAGAGAUAGUACGUAUGCUCUUGGAGAAACAGAGUAGUUUGGCUAAAGAAAAAGAUGAGCGAAGAAAGACUCCACUUCAUUACGCUGCAUAUGAAGGUUCUAGCUCAAUGGUGGCAACUUUAUUAGAUAAGGAUGAAUAUAUUGAUAAUGAAUUACAGGCCAUGGGAGCUCUUCACAUUGCAGCCGCUCAAGGCUACAAACACGCAAUGAAUGAGAUUAUUUCUAAACGUCCAGACUGUUGUAAACUCACUGACACAGAGGGCAAAAACGUUCUUCAUUAUGCAGUAUACAGUAGAAAUGAAGAAGUACUGAAAGCAAUCCUUGAAGAGUCAUCAUUAAUUUCCCUUAUAAUUGGGAAAGAUAAUAAUGGAAAUACGCCUGUCCAUGUAUUCAAGGCUCUUAAUCUCCCUUUAUCUUCUUUCAUACUUGAUGGAGAUACUGAUGCGUUCAUCCUUUGGAAGAAAUUAUACUGUAACCUCCCCGAAGACUUUACCAUAAAGAAUUCCUUGCUUUGGAGCAACGAAGAUCAUUUCAAAGUCACGAAAAGUCGUCCGGAACGUAAAACAGAAAUGGCAAAAAAGAGAGAAGAAAAGAUAAUACUUCAAUUAGAAAAAGCCAAAGACUCACAUCUGGUGGCUGCAGCACUUGUAGCAACCGUAACUUUUGCAGCCGCAUUCACCUUACCUGGUGGUUAUAUAAGUGAUGAAAAAGACUCAGGGAAAGGCACUCCCAUUCUGAUAAAAAAUUCAGCUUUUAAAGCAUUUAUUAUAUCAGACGCUCUAGCUAUGGCUCUUUCUACUUCUUCUGUCUUUAUAUACUUCAUCAUGGUGAUGCUAGGAUAUGGACCAAAAUACUACUGGUUAAUAAAAACUGCCUUCAGGUUUAUCUUCCUUGCCAUGGGAGCAAUGGUGGUUGCAUUUGCCACAGGCACUUAUGCAGUUCUUGCACCUUCCUUAGGGCUUGCCAUUUCUACUUGUGCCAUUGGUUUGAGCUUCUUUCUCUUCUUGUUUUAUGUCCUCAAAAGGUUAAGUAGUAUUCCUGACGAUUAUGAUGAUGGAAGGAUUUUAACACUCUUAUGGCUAAGUUUUGGAGGCUAUUGCUUGGUCUAAAUGCCUCGCGAGCUGCGUGAUUGGCUUAUAGAAUGCUUGGUUAGAAGGUACGCUUAGUCUGUUCGAUAUGUCCCUUUCAGAAUGUACAUAAUAUAUAUUGUGAGCAGGAGAAUAUGUUUUAAGAAUGUCAUUUAUAUAUUUACAGACUUAAAUGUAAUACUUUUGGAUUACUGAUGUUCAAAGACUU